GCCGUCGGGGCGCUGGGGCGCCGGGCAAACUGUUUCAACGUGAGCCCUCCCCUUGGAGCCCAGAGGCCCAGAGGCUGGGGGAGAGGAGCCCGUCUGGGAGGGCCCCGCACGACGCAAGGCGAGUUGGCGUCGGCCUCAAGUGGACACGCUGCUGUUGUGCCCCCGCUCUUGCGCGCCCCGCAGACAUGCACCGGCGGCGGCCGGGCGCGCCCCGGGGCCUCGCCCCCGCGCGGGGACUCUGAGUGCCGCCGCCCCCGUGAGAGCUCCUGGCCGCUGGGGUUCGCAGCACUGCUGCCGCCCACAUCCAGCCAUGCGGCGCUGGGCCUGGGCCGCAGUCCUGGCCCUCCUCUGGCCACAGCUCGCCUUGCUCUGGGGAGUCGGGGCAUGGCGGGAGCCCAAGAGGCUGCGGCAGCCUGGCCAGCGCACAGAGGCCCCCAACGCCACAGCUUCUGACAGUGAAGGUCUGCCUGGCUCUCCCAAGUCGCUGGAGCCCUCAGGGCCUGAGUUCUCGGAUGCUCACAAGACGUGGUUGAACUUUGUCCGACGGCCAGAAGAUGGUUCUUCCAAGAAACGCUGUCGCUGUCAAUGCCAAGACAAGAAGUUGCGAGGCCUCUUGGGUCCCCCGGGGCCCCCUGGACCUCCAGGACCCCCAGGGCCCCCCGGUGUGGAAGUCGCCCCAGCAGCCCUGCUUCAGGAGUUCAAGGACAUGCUGAAGGAGGCCACAGAACGGCGGUUCUCAGCAUGGCCAGACCCGCCACUGUCCCGUGGGGCUGGCCCAUGGCUGAUGGUUGAGGCCUUUCACUGCCGGCUGAAGGGCCCCGUGCUGGUAGACAAGAAGACACUGGUGGAGCUGCAGGGUUUCCAGGCUCCCACUGCCCAGGGUGCUUUCCUGCGGGGGUCUGGCCUGAGCUUGGCCUCGGGCCGAUUCACAGCCCCAGUCUCUGCCAUCUUCCAGUUUUCCGCCAGCCUACACGUGGACCAUAGUGAGCUGCAGGGCAGGGCCCGGCUGCGGGCCCGGGACACUGUGCGUGUCCUCAUCUGCAUCGAGUCCCUGUGUCACCGCCACACGUCCCUGGAGGCCAUCUCAGGCCUGGAGAGCAACAGCAGGGUCUUCACGGCACAGUUGCAAGGGCUGCUGCAGCUGCAGGCUGGGCAGUAUGCCUCCGUGUUUGUGGACAACGGCUCCGGGGUGGUCCUCACCAUCCAGAGUGGCUCCAGCUUCUCUGGGCUGCUUCUGGGUACCUGAGGGUGCAGAGGGAGCACCCUGUCAGGACCUGUGAUUGCCCCUCUGAGGAAGGAGGCGAGAAGACCCCCAGUGGAUUCCUGUGGUCACAGCAAUAAAAGCCCCAGUACUCUGUU